AUGGGGGCCACAACCCCUUCUCCCACUAUUGUCUUGUACGACAUUGACAUGCGUCCUCCAUGCGCACCGAAUCCCUGGAAGGCCCGAUAUGCACUUAAUUCCAAGGGUGUUUCCUACUCCAAAACAUGGGUGGACAUGCCAGACAUCACCAAAACUCGCUGUGAUCUUGGCCAAACGCUGGACUAUGUCUAUGCGAAUGACCUCGCGGUGUUUGCGCCAUUAUCUAAGCUCAAUGAAAAGGAACAUGCCGAGUACGCUCGGUUCAAUAUGAAUGUCGACGCGGCUUUCAGCGCACCUGUUCUGCUCAUGGUACACGGUCUCCCAUUACAUCCCGAUACGACUGAGAAAACGAGGGCAGAAUUUAUUAAACGUUCGGGGGUGGCAUCUGAGGAUGAUCUAACCGUCCGCGGCAAAAUUAGAGAGGAAUUGAAAGCGUCUCUCCAUGAUACAUUGGGUGAACUGGCCAAGCUUUUUCGAAGGGAUAAUACGGGUUCAUUCCUACUUGGGCAGCAGGCUAGUUAUGCCGAUCUCGUUGUUGGCGCAUGGCUGCGGAUGAUGCAUGGAACACUGCCGGCAGAGGAGUGGGAGGAAGCAAAAGCUUGGCAUGAGGGUGUAUUUGGGAAACUAAAUGAUGCGCUGGAGAAAUAUGCCCUGGUCAACUAA